UUGCCACCUGUUCAAGAGAACGGUAUAGUUGCAGCCCGAACGUUCAGCCGAGAAUUCGCCACUUGUUGGAUUUUUCUGUGGAUCGUGCAAUCGUAAUCGCAAAGAUGCGUUCAGAUUCACGGAACAACGUCGAUGAAUCGAACUUUGGGAACAGCAUAAUGACGGCAGGGGUGACGUGUAGAAAAUCCUCAAGAACGUCCUGUCAACGGGAACUCGAACUUACCGACUCGUCGUCGAUCAGCGAUGAUACGUGUACCGGGUCGGAUGGACAAGGUCGGAACGGCAGCGGAACAAUUAGGACCGGCAACCGGAGGAAGCGCAAGUCCAGUGGCAAAGACAAGAACGUCCGAAGACUAGAAAGCAAUGAGAGGGAAAGACUGCGAAUGCAUAGCAUCAACGAUGCCUUUCAGUCGCUUAGGGAAGUGAUACCGCAUGUCAAAAAAGAUCGGCGGCUGUCAAAAAUCGAAACGCUCACAUUGGCCAAAAACUACAUCAUCGCCCUGACCAAGAUCAUAUGCGAAAUGAGAGGCGAACUGGACCCGUCCAAGGACUCACAUGAAGGAUCCAAUAGUGCGGCUGUCUCCUCAGCCGCCACAAACACAGGGCCGUCAUCGUCGGUAGCGGCGGCAACAGCGGCAGCUGCCGAAAUCGACAGACGGCUGCAAUUGGUGCUGCAAAACUCGGACGAAUCGAUGGAUCUUUCUUAAUCGACGGCGAAGCAGCAGCAAUUGCCGUCACCAUGACCACCACCAAUCCACCGUAACCAUAUUCGUAUUUACAUAUUAUUAUUUGCUUAUCUAAACGGUUAAAAUACUUUUAAACGUGUUUUGAUUGAAUUCAAGUCAGUUUAUCCAUUUCCUUCAUAGCUCAUACAGGUAUACAUACGUUUCCAUUAAUUAAUAAGUUAUAAUAAUAUCGUAUCUACCUAUUAGGUUUACCAUAUUCUAUAAUUAUAUAUUAUGUCCCAAUUGCAGACUAUAGCUCUUUACACAAAAAGUUUUCAAUCAGUUUCUGCCUAGUAGAAAAAAAACCGAAACACCAAUACACAUUAUACUGAACUAUUUAUAAUUAUUCAUAUUAUAAUUAUUAAUUAUUAUACUAUAUUGUAGGUAUAGAAAAAAAUUAUUAUAAUUUUAAACGUAUAAAAUGGCAUUAUUUUUGAAUUCAAAUAUAAGUAUAUGUUUUUAUUACUUAGGUACAUUUCUAACGGUCUAUGUAAUUUUAUGGCUGUAUAAUGACUGUAUGUAAUACAGUUAUGAUCAUUACAUGAAAUAACAUAACAAUAAUAUUUUAUCGUUUGUGGACAUGUGGUACGAGACGAAUUAUAUAAUUUUGUUCGUCUCACCCGUGUUUAAUGUAUUCAUCAAUUUGUAAAACAUAAUAUGAUGACUGACAAAAAUGUGAUUAUACACGCGUGUUUAUCAUGAUUUUAAUAUCAAGUUUUAACCUUUAGAAAAUAAUAAUAAAUUCCAAGCUGCUCAAAUAAAAGUUAAAUCACCAUUAGCUCUUAUAUGUUUUCCCUCUCUCUCUCUCUAAAAUAUGUAUUCCAUCGCCUUAAAAUGACACGUCACAACUUAAAUUAAUUAAAAAUAAAAAUUUCUCAAACAUAAA